CAGUAAACGCCGGGCCGCCAAGCAGCCCUGCCCCUUCCCUCCCGGAGCCAGUCAGGACGGCGCGCGGCGUGUGGUGGAAGCGAGGCCUCGUCGGGAGCGCGGCGCUAUGGCCGCCGGCUCUGCCGUGGUGCUGGCGCGGGCCUUGGAGGCGCUCGAUGUUGGCGGUGCGGCAGAUAAGAUUAGUUUAAUACCUCAAGACUUCUUUGCAGAACUAUGUGAGCAAAUAAUUCAACAUCUGAACCAUAAGAUCCCAGGUGUAAAUACAGUUGAACUGUGUCGGAGGCUGCGGACAUCUGGAAUUGAGAUCAGUGUUGGUGAGCUGGCAAAAAUAACUAAUGUUGUUUCCUUUUUGUUUAGCACAGCAGCCAGAAACAAUAUCUCUACAGAGGACCUUGUCACUACAGUGGGCAAUGCAGUCAGCACACUGCCUAAACAUGCUGUGCAAGUUAUUCGUCAUGUAUGGAAUGAGCACAGCAAAUCUGUCAGCGUGUCAGAAGACGUAGGAAACAUGGCCACAGUGGGGCAGUUUGUAGAUAUUAAAUGGAAGCUUGGAGUUGCAAUGAGCUCUGACACCUGCAGGUCUCUGAAGUAUCCUUAUGUUACAGUGACACUAAAAGUGGCAGACCCUUCAGGACAAAUAACGGACAAAACUUUUGAAAUGACAAUCCCACAGUUCAAGAACUUCUUCAGACAGUUCAAGGAAAUGGCAGCUGUUCUUGAAACAGUUUGAACAGAAUUCUUUUAUUUGCACUACAGUUUCUGGCAGACUUGUAUCAAGUAAGCUUUCUGUUCUGCAAAAGGAACAAGUGCCAUUGUUCAGCAAGGUAUGCAUGCUUGUCCUUUCGGCAGGUAUCAGCAGCAUCAUACACUUUUUGGCAGCAUUAUCCGUGCAUUGCUGUGAAGAUUUCUUUGCUUUUGAAUACUUGAAGCCAGCUCUACAGCAUUUGUAAAACUGGUCAGCUUUCUUAAUCAUCUUAAACAAAAGAUCAGGAUGUGUACAGAGAGAAGAGUCACUAUAGACUUUCUACUAUCCAAAAGAAAGAAAGUACAUUUAAGAAACAAGAUGUCUAGCUCUGGAGUGCAGGAAGACAUGAAAAUCUUAAUUUGACUAAGGAGAUACUGAAAGAAGUGUAAAUACCAUGAUAAGUUUUCUCUGUAGAACUGAGAUGUGCUUGGAAUCAAUGAGAUCAUUAACUAAAAGUAUAGAGUAUAUAAAAUCACAACAUAAGUGUACUUAUUCCUGAAAAGUAGCAAUGUCAUAUAGUUAGUUGCAGGUAUUUGCAGACCAGGCUUCCAGUUGUCUUUUAACUGGAACAUGUCUUUGUAUUAACAGCUUGGUUAUUUUUAAAUAUUUCUCACCACCCAGACUUCUGAAAACUGAGUUAACGCAUAAAACCUCUCUGGAGAUCUAAACUUCAUCUUCUGAAAUGAAGACUGGUGCUAGUUUUAAAUGUAGAAAGAAAGGCUAACUUAAUUCAAAAGCAUUUUAAUAUAUUUUUGCCUUUCUAUUUAAUCCAACUCUAAUCUGUGUCACUCUGUUUUGAUUAGCAAUUUCCCUUCUAAUUAAAUUAGAAUAUUGAUGUAGUUGUCUCACUCUGUGCUCUGAACUAAAAAAGAUCGAGAGGAAACUCGAAAGCUCAGGCUGGUGUGUUAGCCAAGAAGAUCAGAAAAAUUAGUGUACUGAAAGUCAGCAAGAUUUCUGUGCUUGCUGUAUUGUGUGGCAGGAAUCUUCUGGAAGGUGUUGCUCUCUUGCUCUCACAGUGUCCUAACCGGUCAAAUUUUGACUUGGAUUCUGAAGGAGAAUGGGGACGUUUUCAAAGGGGAGUGUCAACUCUGGUGUGCUAUAAUGCUCUCAUUUCAUUUUUUUGUUGAGCUUUACUAAACAAAACCCAAACUACAAAUGGGAUGAAAUAAGAACACUACUGUUGCAUUGCAGGACCUGAUGAUGAUGUAGUAGAGCAGAAAGUCUGAAGAGAGAAUUUGUAAUAAGCAGGCUGAAAUUUAUGUUUUAACUUCAGGAUGGUAGAGACCAAGAACCAGUUCUGUUGGGGCAGAUCCUCAAGUGAUUUCAGGCCCCCUUAAGUGAGAAUACCUACCUUUCUGAUCCAUAUAAAAUUUUUAUUAACUUUUUUUAGAAGCUGGCUGGAAGUCAUAGAUGCAAGUUUUGCCUGCCUUUGUCUCAUGAAAAAUAAGACUGCAAUGCAUUGUGCUCAAAGCAUGCUGCACUCCUUUGAAUAUAGUAGGAGUUUUUCUCUUUAUAAGUAUUAUAGUACAUAAAAACAGUAAUUGGUGUUUCUUAGAACCCGAUUAAGUGAAACAGUCAUCUUUAAAAAAUAAAUAAAAACAGUAAAAAGUCUUGGCUGUUGAUCUGGACAAUACUUCCUCUGUGCUGCUGUAGUCAGAGGUGUUUCCUUUAAGGCUGGGGGGAGCAGAAUGCUGUUUUCUGGGCCCCUCUCAAUGGGUUGUCACAAAAGGGUCUGAAGAAAACAUUUCCCAUUUGCCUUUUCCCUUGUCUUUCCCCAAGGGCCUGGGGAUGAAUGUGGUGCAAAAAAAAGUCUGUGUGGACAAGUGAGCAGCUGAUAUUUUUACUACUAUUAUAUUUUUCUUGAUUUGUAGAAGUUGGAGUGUAAGACUGAUAUGACUGGAAAACUGUCGUGCUUUGGCCUAGUGAGUUAAUUGGUUUUCAUCAUUGUAAGAAUUCCAGAAAAAAUACUUUUUUUUGGUAAAGCUGGAGCAUACAAGUACUUCGGUUCUUCGUAUAGCUGGAAAUAUUUGUGCCUUUGUUGGAACUGGAUGGAAAAGAUUUAGUUAAUCAUGUCUUAAGUUCUAAAACCAGCAAAUUAGUAAACCCUGGAAGGUAACGAGGAAAUGUUUUGUUACCAUAUUUGUUUGGACCAUAUCCAGGAGGAAAAAGUUAGCAGCCUCAGAAGGGUGUAACUGUUACAUUUUGUCAAGUUGAAUAUUCUAGAAAUACUAAGGAAUGUUUUUUGUGGUGUCACUGAACUCUAGCAGGUGGUAAAGCUGGCUGGAAGUUGCCUAGGUAUGUGUGCAGCACAACACUCUGAGACUUCUUAGAGGUGUUUAUGGACAUCUAGGAGAUGUGAUUAAAAGUUGGCUGUGUACGCAAGCUGUGAGGCUUGUCCUGAUCACUAUCACUAGGAAGUCCUGUACUGUAUAAUGGAAGAACUACAUACUUUAUGUAAAAAAAAAAUCAAACCAAAACAGUUUGCAGGGUAGCAAUAUUAAUGUUUCAACAAGCUGUUGAAUUGUUUGGUAUGUGCAGAAUCCAGAUCUUUUCGAAGAGAAUCGGGAGUUCCUUGUGUGUUCCUAAUUGCCCUCGUUGAUUGAUACAAAGUUGUAUAACAUGAUAUUUUUGUAAGUUCACAAGCAGUCAUUAAACAUACAGGUAACAAAGA